AUGACCGGUGUAGCGAUGCGUCAGAGCUCUCAAAGGCCCUUGUGCCGCCGCUACAAGCUGUAUACUGAGGACGAGGUGGCGUCCCUGGCCAUGCCGGCCGGGUGUAAGCGAUCGCUGGCGGCGACUGUCUUCUGCUACGACCGUACUACCGAGUUCGUUAAGGUGGCGUAUCGCAGCAGCCCUGGUAAUAAGACGACGUGGGUGCGUAACGUUGAGCGCUUCUGCCUGCGGCUGGAGUGGCUGAGUGGCCUUCCCGGCGCGGUAAAGUGCCGCUACGUCUGGACCGGCCUUAACGAGACGUGCGCUGUUGACGCUGCAACCGGCCGCUAUUGUAACGACGUUAUCGCCGCCUUUACCGUUAAGGGUAACUAUGACUAG